AUGGUUGCUCAGUACUCUGUCCCUGUUGGGAAAGCAGCUAAUGAGCAUGAGACAGCUCCCAGAAGAAAUGCGAAGGCGAAGAAUGGGCCAGUGACGAAGCCAGAUGGGAUGAAGUGCACGACAGUGUAUGAGUUUGUUGUGGAGUGUUUUGAGAAGUACGGUGGGCGCCAUGGUAUGGGGUGGAGAGACACGAUUGAUGUGCAUCGUGAGAAGAAGAAGAUUAUGAAGAAGAUUGACGGGAAGGAGACUGAGGUUGAGAAGGAGUGGUUGUACUAUGAGUUGACUGGGUACAAGUACAGUUCGUACAGCGAGUUAAACGAGAUCAUGCACGAUUACGGGCGUGGUUUGGUGAAGAUGGGGUUGAAGCCUCAUUCCGAGGACAAGGUGCAUCUUUUCGCUUCGACGUCGCACAGAUGGAUGAAGACGUUUUUGGCUACGCAGUCGCAGGCCAUUCCAGUGGUUACUGCGUACGACACGCUAGGUGAGAACGGGUUGAUCCACUCGAUGGUGCAAACGGAUACCAGGGCGAUGUUUGUGGACAACGCUUUGCUAAGCAAGUUGUACAAUGCUGUGCAAAAGGCCACGAACCUGAAGUACAUUAUCCACUCGGAGCCAAUCGACCCUAACGACAAGAGAGACGAGGGCAGAUUGUACAAGGAAGCAGCCGAUGCCGUUGCCAAGCUAAAGGAGAUCAGACCAGACCUUGAAAUAUACUCGAUGGACGAGAUUAUCGAGAAGGGUAAGGCGGCAAAGGGCGAAAUUGAGCCAAACCCACCAACGCCAGAGGAUCUGUCGUGUAUCAUGUACACUUCUGGUUCCACCGGUGAUCCAAAGGGUGUUGUCUUGAAGCAUUACAACAUCGUUGCCGGGUUGGGUGGUAUCUCCUCUAUCGUCACUAACAGACCAGAACACGUUUCCGUUAACGACCGUGUUAUUGCAUUCUUGCCCUUGGCUCACAUUUUCGAGUUGGCCUUCGAGUUGAUCACUUUCUACUGGGGUGCCACCCUAGGUUACGCCAACGUCAAGACUUUGACCGACAUGUCGGUGCGGAACUGCCAAGGUGACAUGAAGGAGUUCCAACCAACAAUCAUGGUCGGUGUCGCUGCCGUUUGGGAAAGUGUUAGAAAGGGUAUCAUUGCCCAAGUGAAUAAGUUGCCAGCUUUGACCCAAAAGGUGUUUUGGGCAGGUUACUCCGCUAAGAUCAAGAUGAAGAAGUACCACAUCCCAGGUGGCGAUACCUUGGGUAACGUCUUGUUCAAGAAGGUCAGAGAAGCUACCGGUGGCCAUCUAAGAUUGGUUUUGAACGGUGGUUCGCCAUUGUCUAGAGACGCACAAGAAUUCAUCACAAACUUGAUCUGUCCAAUGUUGAUCGGUUACGGUUUAACGGAAACCAUGGCCAACACCACAAUUUUGGCCCCAGAACACUUCGAAUACGAGAUUGCUGGUGACUUGUUGUGCAGUAUCACCGUUAAAUUGGUCGAUGUGGAAGAGUUGGGCUAUUUCGCCAAGAACAACCAAGGUGAAGUUUGGAUUAAGGGUGCUCCAGUGCUGACUGAAUACUACAAGAACGAAGCCGAAACCAAGGCCUCCAUCACCGAAGAUGGUUGGUUCAAGACCGGUGAUAUCGCAGAAUGGACUCCAAAGGGUCAAUUGAAGGUUAUUGACCGUAAGAAGAACUUGGUCAAGACCAUGAACGGUGAAUACAUUGCUUUGGAAAAGUUGGAGUCGAUUUACAGAUCUUCCCCAUACGUCCAUAACAUUUGUGUUUACGCAGAUCAAACUAAGGUCAAGCCAGUUGGUAUCAUCGUGCCUAACGAAGCCGCUGUCGCCGAAAAGGCUAUCAAGUUGGGCUUGUUAGAAAAGGGUGAAGACGUUACACACUUGUAUCAUGACGACAAGCUAAGACACGAAAUUCUGUCGGAUUUGUGGAAGACUGCUAGAAGCCAGGGCUUGAACGGUAUCGAGCUAAUUCAAGGUAUUGUUAUCUUUGAAGAAGAAUGGACUCCACAAAACGGAUACGUCACCUCUGCUCAGAAACUACAAAGAAAGAAGAUUCUUGCUGCAGUUCAAAAGGAUGUCGACAGCUUGUAUGCCAAUUCCAAUUGA